UUUAACGCUUGUGGAAUUAGAAGGAUCUCACACUCUGCAAAACUUAUAUGACUCACUUGAUCUUCAUGUUGGUCAGUGUUUUGGUGUUCUUGUGACCGCUGAUCAAGAACCUAAAGACUAUUACAUGGUGGCCUCCACACGGUUCCUCAAAACCGUCCUCACGUCCACAGCUCUUCUCCGCUAUGAGGGAGGCAAAGGUGCAGCAUCUCCAGAGCUUCCUAAACCUCCGGUGGGUUGGGCCUGGUCACUAAACCAAUUCCGAUCAUUCAGAUGGAACCUAACCGCAAGUGCAGCUAGACCAAACCCUCAAGGCUCAUACCACUACGGUAAAAUCAACAUCACACGGUCCAUAAAACUAGUCAACACCGUAGGGAAAAUAGAGGGAAAGAAGCUCAGGUACGCGCUUAGCGGAGUGUCACACGUGGAAACCGAAACGCCGAUUAAGCUGGCUCAGUAUUUUGGUGUAGCCGACAAGGUGUUCAAGUACGAUACUAUUAAGGACGAGCCGACCAAGGUUGACACUAGUAAUAUUUUGGUGCAGCCAAACGUUUUGAACAUCGAGCACCGUUCAUUCGUGGAGAUUGUGUUCGAAAAUCAGGAAAGGACUAGACAGUCUUGGCAUCUUGAUGGAUACUCUUUCUUUGCUGUCGCGGUUGAGCCAGGGAAGUGGACGCCGGCGAAGAGGAAGAACUAUAAUCUAUUAGACGCAGUAUACCGACACACAAUCCAAGUUUAUCCCAAAUGUUGGGGAGCCAUCUUAUUGACUUUCGACAACUGUGGCAUGUGGAAUAUUCGGUCUGAGAUUCUCGAGAAACGUUACUUAGGUCAACAGCUUUAUGUUAAUGUCGGCCCGCCAGAACUAUCCCAGAGGGAUGAGUACAGCUUUCCAGCAAACGGUCUCCGUUGUGGCAUUAUCCAGGGCUUGCCUGAUCCUCAGCCUCCCAGAGACUCGCUUUAAUUUGGUUUGGCGUGGUUCAGCCUGGAGACUUGUAGCUCAAGGUUUUUUACAUUCUUAUAUACGUAUGUCCUUAAAAUUUGGUUUCUGUAGGUCGAUGGUGAAAGUGUUAUGAGAUGUCUGUAAUCCAUUACACGUUUAUGAUGCAUGCUAUUUUUCUGAUUUGUUUAAGCCAGACGUUGCGCUGAAUUCGAAUAUAGAAGUGAUAUGCUUUUGAAGCAUGGUAAAC